AUGGAUUCUAGUAACAAGGCUGUGGUAAAAAACCAAACCGCAUUACAGAUUGCAAACUACAAUCCCUGGAAUUUGUUAUUUAGUCCGAGACGCCGAACUGAAAGUGAAAACAGUGGGACUUCAACUACAAGUAACUAUCAAACAAAUACACAGCUCGGAACUUUCCAGAAGCAAACGAGUAAAAAUAACGAUGAAUAUUUGUGGAUGAUAUGGCGUUCG